AUGCAAGCUUCCAACUUUGAACCAGCCCACAUGUCUAUUGCUUUAGACAGAAAUGGUGGUGGUGGCAAUAUGAUCCAACGGCCGAGGUUCAUCCACGGGAUGCCUUGUCCCUCGAUGUACGACUCGUCGGAGAACAAGGGCUUUGCUCAACAUCGUCGUUUGGAGCAGGACUUGGACUCUUGUAGUUCGUCUUCAGUUGGUCGGAAUAGUGAUUCGUCUAAUGGGUCAUCGGAGGGCGACGACUCUGGUGAGGCUGAGAUUCAGAGCUCGUAUAAAGGACCUUUGGACACCAUGGACCAGCUUGAGGAGGUUUUGCCUGUCAAGAGAGGCAUAUCUAUGUUUUAUAGUGGCAAAUCAAAGUCCUUCACAAGCCUGGAAGAUGUCUCGUCUGUUUCUUCUGUUAAGGACCUUGCAAAGCCAAAAAAUCGUUUUAUGAAGAAGCGCAAGAAUUUAUUAGCCCAUAGUAAUGAUAGGAAUUGCAAUAACCCUUUGAAGAAUAAUGGUGCAGUAAAGAGACCAACUGCUAACUCUAGUCGAGGUUCAUUUCUUCUUGCGGAGAAUUUGAGCAGCUCAAUUUCACCACCUCCUACUUCCUGUCUUCCACCUCUGCAUCCACCUCUACAUCCAGACAGUAAAAGAUCUCCUGGUAAUGGAUCAUCCCCACCUCCUCUUCGACGGAACUCUCCUUGGCGGUCGUUCUCUCUGUCUGAUCUACAGUGUGUCGCUGCAGUAACGCCUAACAUAACUGGCUUGGAAAUUUGA